AUGGGGGACGUCCUAGAGGAAACCCCCUCAAGCCAGGAUGACUCUCAACCGAUUAACCCAACCCCCGAGCACCGUGAAGUCACAAACCAAGCGAGAAUAGCAAGCACUGUCCAAAACGCAAAUGAUCACGACGUCACGGACCGACGACAUCCUGAGAAAGCCAGCGACAAAGCAGCGCAGAUCAUCCAGGAUCUCUGCCUCCGGGUUCAGGAACUCGAAGGCAAGAUAACCAAUAAAGGAAAACACAACAACGAGCACGGAAGCCAUGCAACCUCCAGAUCAAGAUCUCGCCGCGGUAGGUCGCCAACCCGACGACACGACAGAAGAGACGGUCGCAGCUCAUCACGCGAUCACAGACACGAGAAAUCGCCAGAACGGCGAUACAACAAGAAACAUAACCGCAGCGCUUCUCGAGAUCUGAGUUAUCAACACUACUCAGACGAAGAUCGGAGGGACCGAAACACCAAACGCACGAGAAACGACCAUAUAAUAAUGGGAGCUACACCCUUCACAGAAAGAAUUCUAAGAGCAAAACUCCCCAAAGGCUUCGACAAACCUACCGAUAUGAAGUACGAUGGAACUAAGGAUCCCCAAGAACAUCUAACGGCUUUUGAGAGGACUGCCAACACGGCACCUCAGCCGAGGAUGCCCCUUUCGUCAUCUCAGCUAGAAUCGGAACAGGACUCGUACGAAGGAUACUGGUAG